CAACAUUGGUCGGCAAGAAGAGCGAGGAUAUGUAGCUAGAUUGUCUUAGCUAGCUUCAGCUUGUUAGCUUCACAAACGCCAGAUAACUUGAGAAAAUGAAUAAAGUGGAUUUCAUACUUGAGCACCGGUUAUAUACCCUAUAAACCCUUAAUUUGGAGGAGAAAGUUGAAGUAAAGCAGCUUAAGUGGUGCCCGUCAGCCACGAUAUUGUCAUCGCUCAAACUGCUGGUAAAAGUAACCGUAGGUUUAAAGUGGAGUGGUUUUUGAAGAAAAAGAGGCUCACGGUUAGUCUAGUUAGCAUACAAAAGAAGGCACCUCUCUCUUCAAGUGAGAUCUCAGCCUUGUGAGCUUGUCGACCCCUCAGAAAUCUUUAGCGACCCCGAGGUUGGGAAUCGCUGCGCUAGACCACCAGGACCUGCUAUACCACUAGGGGCCCGCUAGACCACCAGGGGUCCACCAUCCAUCAGGGGCCCUCUAUCAACCAGGAUCCCCCUCUACACCAGCGGCCUGCUAGACCACCAGGGGCUUGCUAGACCACCAGGGCCUUCUAAACCACUAGGGGCCCUCAAGACCACCAGGUUCUGCUAGACCACCAGUGGCCUGCUAGACCACCAGGGGUUUACCAUCCAUCAGGGGCCCACUAUCAACCAGGAUCCCCCUCUCCACCAGUGGCCUAAGAGACCACCAGGGGCCCGCUAGACCAGGGAUUCUAGCAGUUCAUGUGGGAGACAGCAUGAACUCCGGCCAUUACAUCAGUGACGUUGCCCAGGGCCAAGGUGAUGGGUGGCUCACUCUGGAUGACACCAAUGUGAUAAGAACAGACGAGGCCACGGUGCGGGGAGAUUGUGCAUCUCUGGCCUACAUCCUGUUCUACACCUACAGUGGAGAAGGUGAAGGACACUAGAACACCAGGGGCCCGCUAGACGGCCAGGAGGCCACCAUUCACCAUGGGCCCUCUAUCAACCAGGAUCCCCCUCUCCACCAGUGGCCUGCUAGACCACCAGGGGCCCACAACUCUAAGAACAGAUUGCUCUGGUGGAGGACAUGCCGAUCCAGAGUAUGGCAGCGACUGGAGAAGGCAAUAUGACCCUCCAACAGUCCUCUGCGUCUCUCAACAGUGCUGUGGCUGUCCAGGACUUGUCCACCACAACAAAGCAACAAGCAGAUCUCAUGUCCACCCUCAAGAGUCUACUCAGCUUUCUGGACUUUCAGAGUGGCCAGGGAGAAGGAAAAGACAGGAUCAAGCUGCUGGGGUUGCCUAAUAUCGGAAACACAUGCUUUCUUAAUGCAACCCUGCAGUGCUUGUUUGCACUUCCGGAAUUCUCCACCAACAUAUUGAGGCAGGAAGAGAUCUUGGGGCCUGCUUCCUCUUCAGUUUUACUGAGAUGCUUCCAUGAACUCCAGGCAGCCAGAAACUACACCAGUACGGGCAGGAAAACUUCCAAAAAUCUCAAAAAGAAGAUUCUGUACAGGGUCAAGAACUGUCUAGCACAAUACAACGACAGUUACCUCGAAAAUUACGAGCAGGACGCACACGAGCUCCUUAUAUUUGUCCUCUGCCAGCUAAAGGCUGAGGGGGAGUCUCUGAGGCAUUACAUCUACCCAGUGGCCAGCCUGGAGUUUAAUAUGCAGAUCGAACGCACCUGCUGCAGGUGUGGAGAGAAGGUUUACAGAGAAGAACCUUUCAACUUCCUGUCCCUAGAGUUGACUCCAUGCCUUAAGAAAAGUUUGUGUCUGUACUUCAAGGCAGCAGAUGUGGAGUGCAGAUGUGAGCUGUGUCUGGGUGAGCAGGCGUCUGUGGUCAGCAAGCUCCUCUCCCUUCCCCGUGUUCUAGUUCUCCAUGUGAAGAGGUUCAGUUUUGAGGAUGGGAAACUGGUCAAAAGGACGGAAGACAUGGCCAUCCCAGGAAUUAUACCACUGUCCUGUAUCUCAGUCUGUGGGGAUGAAACAUCCAAGCCUGACUGUCAUCAGAUGAACAGCAGUACUACUGACACCCAGACUGCUGCCGCCCUUUCCUCCAGUACAGAUGGACAACCCAGGAGACACUGGAGUCUACCGCCUGUCUGGGAUCAUCUCUCAUGUGGGAGACAGCAUGAACUCCGUGCUCUGGUGGAGGACAUGCCGAUCCAGAGUAUGGCAGCGACUGGAGAAGGCAAUAUGACCCUCCAACAGUCCUCUGCGUCUCUCAACAGUGCUGUGGCUGUCCAGGACUUGUCCACCACAACAAAGCAACAAGCAGAUCUCAUGUCCACCCUCAAGAGUCUACUCAGCUUUCUGGACUUUCAGAGUGGCCAGGGAGAAGGAAAAGACAGGAUCAAGCUGCUGGGGUUGCCUAAUAUCGGAAACACAUGCUUUCUUAAUGCAACCCUGCAGUGCUUGUUUGCACUUCCGGAAUUCUCCACCAACAUAUUGAGGCAGGAAGAGAUCUUGGGGCCUGCUUCCUCUUCAGUUUUACUGAGAUGCUUCCAUGAACUCCAGGCAGCCAGAAACUACACCAGUACGGGCAGGAAAACUUCCAAAAAUCUCAAAAAGAAGAUUCUGUACAGGGUCAAGAACUGUCUAGCACAAUACAACGACAGUUACCUCGAAAAUUACGAGCAGGACGCACACGAGCUCCUUAUAUUUGUCCUCUGCCAGCUAAAGGCUGAGGGGGAGUCUCUGAGGCAUUACAUCUACCCAGUGGCCAGCCUGGAGUUUAAUAUGCAGAUCGAACGCACCUGCUGCAGGUGUGGAGAGAAGGUUUACAGAGAAGAACCUUUCAACUUCCUGUCCCUAGAGUUGACUCCAUGCCUUAAGAAAAGUUUGUGUCUGUACUUCAAGGCAGCAGAUGUGGAGUGCAGAUGUGAGCUGUGUCUGGGUGAGCAGGCGUCUGUGGUCAGCAAGCUCCUCUCCCUUCCCCGUGUUCUAGUUCUCCAUGUGAAGAGGUUCAGUUUUGAGGAUGGGAAACUGGUCAAAAGGACGGAAGACAUGGCCAUCCCAGGAAUUAUACCACUGUCCUGUAUCUCAGUCUGUGGGGAUGAAACAUCCAAGCCUGACUGUCAUCAGAUGAACAGCAGUACUACUGACACCCAGACUGCUGCCGCCCUUUCCUCCAGUACAGAUGGACAACCCAGGAGACACUGGAGUCUACCGCCUGUCUGGGAUCAUCUCUCAUGUGGGAGACAGCAUGAACUCCGUCUUUCUAGUUUUAGUGGAGAAGGUGAAGGACACUAGACCACCAGGGGUCCACCAUUCAUCAGGGGCCCUCUAUUAACCAGGAUCCCCCUCUCCACCAGGGCCUGCUAUACCACCAGGGGCCUGCUAGACCACCAGGAGCCCACCACUCUAAGAACAGAUGUUGUCCGCAGUCAAAAGGCAUAUUGUUACAAAUAGAAUGGUCUUCUGGCCUCUGAUUUUAACCUCAAUGCCUCUGGUCUCCAGUAAUCAUACAUCAUCUAAUAAAGGUGCUAAAAUGUUUCUAAAGCCACAAGUGUCUUUAUCAAUAGAAUUAAAUAGUAGACAAAGAUGAAUAUUAGCAAGGGCUUAGUUAAAUUCUGCAGGCAAGUUUCUUUAACAAAAAUAAACAGCACCCA